CUCAACUCUCGCCAUCAUGGACACCCCCGAUCUUCCAGGCAUCCACUCGGCCGCGACAUCGACGGGGGGCACGCCUGCGCCGCCGUCGCCGCGCUCGUCGGCGCCUUCGCCGGCCCCGGCCGAGAGCAAGGGGGACGCGCGCGCGCGCCGCAUCGCGGCGGCUGUGGUGCGGAGCAGGACAGAGUACAAGCCCGAGCACGCAUACACUGAGCGCGGGUGGUUCCUCACGACAGACCACGCCGGCGCCUCGAAGAAGGACCGGCAACAUGUCGAGUACGCCGCGACGUACCGCGCCCUCGUGCCCUCCUUCUUGUCUCCUUCCCCUUCCCCUUCCUCUCCCUCCUCCUCCACCCCCGCGCCCGACCCCUCCGUAAAGGAAGAAGCAGCGCGCGCUCUGUCCGACCUCCUAGCGGUCUCCAAACCGCCGCGCGAACUCACGACCACGGCGAUCCGCGCCGCCGUCCUCGCCGGCCGUAUCCCCGAGGCGGCGCAGCUCGCGCGCGACGCGCGCCCGCACUGGCGCGCAAACGUCGGCUUGGCCGUCGAGGCGAGCGCGGCGCUCGCAGCGGCAGGGGAUGUGGCAGAAUCCACACAUCCCCUGCUCUUUACGAUGGCGUAUGCGCUGCACCACCCCGUAUUGGUUGCGCUUGGAGCGCAGUUGAGAUUGCUGCAUGCGCCGGAGGUGGAUGGGUUACGGGAGGCGGUGGAUGCGCUUGCGGUCUCGAGGGCGUGGGCGUUUACCCCGCUCUUCGGGGGGGAGCGCGGCGUGCCCAGGCCUGUUGAGCGCGGGGGAGAGUUGCGCGCUGCGCUGGGUGCUACCCCGCCAGAGGAGAUUGCGGGCGCCCUCGGGAUGGAGGAUGCGGAGGAGCGCAGGCUGCUGGUCGCGGCCCUCAGGCGGAUGGAGGGCGCGCUGGGGAGGCAGAUGGAUGAGGCUGAGGCCAUCCCCGGCGAGCGCGUCGAGCGGGGCGUGCGUGAGUUGUGAUAGAUUGUAGCCGAUGGCAUCUUCACUUGGACGCAGGACUCAACUUGCGACUGCCCCCACGUUAAUAUAGUCCUCAUCACAUGUCGUUUAUCU